AUGUGGCGGUAUGCUGCACCAUACAGCUGGGUGAAGGUCGUCGAGGCUUGUUUGUCUCCUCCUAUCAACGGAAUUACCACGGCUCUUGUCUGUGGAGCCGGCCUGAUCAUGGGCAUGACAGUACUUGUGGAAACUGUGACUGCUACGUGUCGUAUGCGAGCGGCACUUGAUCGUUGUGGUGCUCAUACUGCUGUUGUUUAUUUUCGUAAGCAUCUGCACUUUCCUGCUUUGGAGCAUGUUCUCCAGUUGGGAGGAUGA